AUGUCGAUGAAUAAGUAUAUGCACCCAAAAAAUAUCUACCGUGAACAACCGGACUUUCGGCUCAUGGUCAAACAAUAUCCGGAACUGAAACCGGUUUGCUAUGUGGAUUUAAACGGACGUAUCAAGUUCGACUACAAAAAUAAAACAGCGCUUCAACUGCUGACUCGUUGUCUGUUGAAGAAAGAUUUCAACCUGGAUAUUGAGCUUCCUCCGGAUAAGCUAAUUCCAACGCUUCCGUUGCGUUUAAAUUACGUUCAUUGGUUAGAGGAUUUCGAAGCUGCUUUCGGAUGGAAACACGACAAAGUGGACGGACUAAGAGGACUGGACAUCGGCUGCGGGGCUUCCUGCAUAUACCCUUUGCUGUGUGCGGUCAAUUCUCAGCAACGUUGGCAAAUGGUUGGCUUAGAACAGUCAGAAGACAGUGUCGAGAUUGCUAGAGCAAAUGUAAAGCGCAAUGGGUUAAAUAAUAUAAUCGAAAUCAUUCAGCAGGAUAAAGACGCAAAAACUGUUUUAAAAACAUAUUUUGAUAAAACGAGUACAAAACAGUUCGAAUUCUGUAUGUGUAAUCCACCGUUUUACGACGAAGAUGGAGCUGAAGGUCAAAACCGAACAGGAAGAAGAAAAGAACCUUCGAAUGUUAGAACAGGCGCAAAGGAGGAAUUGCAAGUUGAGGGAGGUGAGGUUGGAUUCGUAACGCAGAUAAUUAUGGAAAGUUUGGAAUUUAAAGACCGAAUUACGAUUUAUAGCACAAUGCUCGGCCAUAAAAAAAGUUUUGAAGAGAUACUAAGAGUUCUUAAACGUUAUUCGAUAACGAAUGUUACAACUACUAGAUUUUGUCAGGGUAAUACGACCCGAUGGGGCGUAGCUUGGAGUUUUUCUGAAAAGGAGUUGCUUUGUCGUGUUCCGGAUAGAUUUGAACAAAGGCCGACGAAGAGAAAAUUACCUGGGAAACCCUUGGAGGGCAAGAUCCUGGAGUUAAAUGCGGUAGCAUCGUUAAGUGAGGCAAACACUAAACUUAUCACUAUUUUGUCGUCACUUAAUAUCAAAACUCGCCGAUUGGAUGACUCCGAAACCAUGUGGGAAUUAGAAGCCUUCCAGAAUACUUGGUCCCAUCAACGAAGAAAAAGACGGGAGGACCAGCGAAAACUUAGUCCUGGCGGUGAAAACAGUCGUAACGAACAGCGUGAAGAGAACACACACUGCAAACGGGCAAGGUUGGACGUGCACAGUAUUGAACCCAUCGUAAAAGCAGCAUUUAGUUUAAGAAGUAAGCCGAACGAUGGAUACUAUCUCUUGCUGGUCUUUCAAGGAGGGAGUGCUGGAAAAGAUUCGCUAAAUCAAAUUUUACAGUACGUGAAGAACGCAUUUAACAAUGCGAAUAAUAGCUGAUUAUCCUACCAAACAU